AUGGCACCCGCUCCAGGGCCCGCGUCGCCCCUCGAGCCGCCGUCGCCGUCCCCAUCGCGCUUCAUUCACUCGAUCCAUGCACCCGCCUCUCCGCCUCCCACGCCCUCUCCAGCACCGCCAGACUACUCCACCUUGAUCCACUCGCUCCAGACUCGCAGACCACGGCAAGCGGCGCACUCGGUGAUCCCGCCAGACUUCGAGGCGGACCUCAAACUCGCGGCGCAGAUCGGGCAGAGCUUGUUGCAGGAGAAGACGGCGCUGCAGGCGAGGCUGGAGACGAGCGAGAAGGCGAACGGGAAGCUGGUUGACAGGCUUGCGAGGGCGGUCAAGGAGAACAAGAGUCUCGAAAGGCGCCUCGAAGAAACCGUCUCGAGCCUCGAACAGUCCGAAUGCUCGAACCGCACCCUCCUCUCCUCCCUCGAAACUGAACGCAAGACCAUCUCUCGCCUCUCGCACGACUCGGGCAAACUCGUCGCAACCGCCAAGUCUCUCAAAGCUCUCCAGCAGCAACAUGCCGACUCGCUCCAAGAACUCGAGAGCGAGCGACGGAGGGCAGACGGGGCGGAAGCUAAAGCGCGCAAAAUGGGGGAGCGGGUGCGCGAGUUGGAAGAGCGGCUGGGGAAGGCGAUACAGGAUCUGGAGGAGAUGAGGCAGGACAAGGUGCUCAAAGAGUCGAAGCGCGGCGAGCAGCAGACCGGGUUGCAGGAAGUUAAGGCGCGGCAUCAGGCUCGACUGGCCUCGUCCUCGCAGGCUACAGCUCACGCUCGAGCAAUCCUCGGGUCCGGGUCAUCGGCGCCAGAAGGCUCACACGUCGACAAUCCUGAGGCGAAAGAGCUCCUCAAGAUGGUCGAGACGCUCGUCGAGGAGAACCAGCUCCUCCGCAGCGAGAGCAUGGAGUUGCACGGGCUGCUCGAGAAGGAGCGGGAGGAGAUCGAGGCGAGUCGGUCGCGGCUUGCAGAGGAGGCGGAGAUCCAGGAGGAAGACGAGGAUGAGGAGGGGCGCGACUUGAGCGGCGAGACAGACCACUUCAACACACAUUCGCGUGCUGCGUCCGUCGCAAGUAUGAGCUCGUUUGGCGAGGUGCAGCAGCCGGUGAGACGAGGCGGUUCGCGACGACCGGGCCCGAUUUCGAGCCAGAGUACCGGCUUGAUUGGGACGAAUGCGCGGAUGCCGGUCAGGCGCGGGCACGGCAGGAGGGCGAUGAGCAUGGAUGUGACACCGCAGCUUCGCACAGUCAUUCCCAUCGGCAGCGCCCCUACUUCGCCUCAGCCCGACCGUCUGCACUAUUCGCCUGUCGCCCGCCCCGCUUCCAUUUUCAGCAACGACGCAACAGACGACGCGAACGCAGACACAGUUUCCAUCGCCAGCAGUUCCGUUCCUCUCUCCCGCUCGACCCGUCGCCAGCGCCCUCUUAGUCUCUCGCUCGGUCCAUCUGUCUUCCCACACGUACCAGAAGACGAGGAUUACGCGGCCCGACCAAUCUCGCCGUUCACGCGACAGGCGCCCUUCGCUCACCGGCGCAGGUCGAGCCAGAUGAGCGGCGGGGCGGUCUCGCUCAACGGUCUGGGCAUCUCCUCGCCGCUCCUCAACGGCUCGCAGUCUCGCUCACCUCGUCUAUCGCGAGGACCUGCCGAACUCGUUGACGCGACGACCCAGACGACUCCUCCCGCGACUCCUCCUCGACCUCGCACACCGCUCUCACGCACAGAAGUCGGCCACGACCCCUCCUCCACCGCAUUCCCCGACCUUCAAGCGCAACUCUCCCGCAACGUCUCCGCCUCUCCCUCCUCCCAGCACUCCUCGCUUCACGUGCCCACCCCCGCCGCAACGAGCGAGACUCGCACCGCUGCACUCGGCCAGCUCAUCGAGCAUGUCUCAAAGUUGCUCUUGCGCGUGCAGGCGGCGGAUAUUGCGACACAGGAGAAGAGGCUGAGGAAGCAGCAGUUGGCGGGCGAUGUGAGGUUCUUGGCGCAGGCGAAUUUGAAGGACUUGGUCAACGACGUCGACUCGGUUCGCCACCACUUCCGCCGCGUCGUCGAGCAAGAACGGGCGACGCAGACCCGUCAAAACUCUCUCGCCGCCUCGACCGCCGCCAGCAGCGCCGACACCUCGCUCGUCACCCGUCGCGACUUUGUCUCGCUCGUCAAGCUCCUGCGCGACCUCCUCUUCGAGGCCUCGCGGCUGCGCAUGCUCGUCAACCGUGUUCAGCUCGAGCCGGGACUGGCGGAGAAGCUGAAGGAGCUCGAUGUCCCGAAUGCGUUCGAUGCUGUCGAGCAGCAGGGUGCGAGUGGGAAAGGCGCAGCAGCGACCGCGACGACUGCCGCUGGACUGCUCGCGCCUUUGUCGCGCCUGUUCGGAGGAGUUGUCGGUCACGACGACGCGCCCACGCUGUCGCACCGUUCAAGUACGGCUCACUUGCGACCUCCGCCAAACAAGCGCGGCGGUUCCGGCACGGUCAGCACGGCCACCGCGACUGUUAACGUCGAGUUUGGCGGAGGAGCCAUUCGGCAGGCUCAAGCUGCGGAGACGGCGACGACAACCUCGCCCAGCACGGCUCCGUCGGCCACAACAACCGGGAAAGCGCGGGCAACGGGCUUGUCGCAUGUGCGACGAGAUCUUUCGUCCAUCUUUGCCGGAGCGUCGUCGACUUCUCGCGCAACAGCUUCGACGGCCACGUCCUCCGACCUAUGGGGUCCAGCUCCUUCCUCGGCUUCUGGGUCCUCCUUCUCGCAGCUUGGUGCACCCGCCGGCCGCCUCGCAUCUGCCGCCACCGCUGCAUCCUCCUACAUUCCCUUCGGCCGUCUUCUCUCCUCCUACCGUCCCGCCAUGUCCAGCACGACCAACGCCGUCCUCGACUCCAUCCCACAUGCACCCUCGCAUCUCCCCGCGUCUGCCAUCGACGAGGAAGGCGGCUUCGAGCCACCUCGGACUCUGCUCGAACGCCAGCUUCGCCCUCGCGGACUGUCCGACUCAUCCAUCCGCUCGACUUUCCUCUCGCACGCGAAUCCUCACCAUCGCCUCGUCACCGCGACCGGUCUCGCGCUCUCUUCCGAACCAGUCACGAUCCCCGUCGUCGUCGCUCCCGACUCGUCGUUCUCGACCGACCCUUCUUCGUCCCUCUCCGGCUCAGCCUCUCCCGCAGCAGCCAUCUCUGCCCUUCGUCAAACGCUUCUUGACGACGCCCUCGACCCUGCACCAGGUCGCAGCGUUUCCCGCCGCCCUUCAGCCGCCAACCUUCGCUCCAAGUCCUCUUCUGCCCAGCUUCGCGAGUCGCUUAACCCGGCCGUACCGGUCCUCAGCACCUCGACAGGUACGACCGACUCGAGCGUCACCUUGCUCGACCACCGGCAGCCGACGGUCAAGAUCAGCGAACCCAUUGGCAUCGUUGGGCAGGAAGCGACGGGCGGAGGAGGAGCGGCUGGCUUGAUUGGGACGGUCGUCUCCAGUGCGUUUGGGUCGUUCGCUGCGAGUGCGGGGAUCGAGGCUGGAGGGAGGAGGGUAGCCGUGCACACGGGAGGUGACAGGGUUGCGGAGAGCUGGAAGGAGCGGAGCAGGCUUGUCUAG